UGUCUAAUUCAUUCUUUCUUUAUUGGAAUCAGCACAUCGAGUGCGCUCAGCAAAUUAUUCUUUCCUUUUAUGUUUUAUCGGCGUUUGGGAUGUUUUGUACUUUUUUCUUUUAAUCCUCUUAUAAAACCCUUUUCACUCUCCCCAAUGCAGUAAAUUCCUCAAACAUUCUCUUACUUGGUUUCUCCACUUGCUUUCUUUCUACCCACCUCAUCUUCUUCUUCUCUGCAUUCCCAAUAUUUUCUCUCAUUCGGAUAAUGGGUUCUGGUAAGAGUUGUUUUUGCUUCUUCAGUGUACUGCUAUUGCUCGCUGUUUUUCUCCUCCAACUCCAUAUUUCCUACUCCUCCAAGGUGUAUGUAGUUUAUAUGGGAAGUAAAACCCAUCACGGCCCAGAUGAUAUUUUGCGCCAAAAUCACCACUUGCUUGCUGCUGUUCAUGGUGGAAGCAUGUUGAAGGCAAAGUCUUCUCAUGUUUACAGUUACAGGCAUGGUUUCAGAGGCUUUGCAGCCAAGUUAACCGACGAUCAAGCUUCACAAAUUGCUGACAUGCCGGGAGUGGUCUCUGUAUUUCCUAAUGAGAAAAGAAAGCUGCACACUACUCAUUCUUGGGAUUUCAUGGGCCUUGCGGGAAACGAAAGCGCAGGGAUUCCUGGGUAUUCCACCGAGAAAGAGGCCAAUGUUAUUGUUGGGUUCAUAGAUACAGGGAUAUGGCCUGAAUCCCCAAGUUUCAGUGAUGCUCGCAUGCCCCCAGUGCCAAUCCAGUGGAAGGGUCAGUGCCAAACAGGAGAAGCAUUUAAUGCUUCAUCUUGCAACAGGAAAGUGAUUGGAGCUAGGUAUUAUUUCAGUGGCUAUGAGGCUGAGGAAGAUUCUGUAAAUACGGUGUCAUACAGAUCCCCCAGGGACAGCUCUGGCCAUGGCAGCCACACGGCGUCUACAGCUGCUGGUCGCCAUGUGACAAAUGUGAACUACAAGGGUUUGGCUGCUGGGGGAGCAAGAGGUGGUGCACCAAUGGCCAGGGUUGCUGUAUACAAAACCUGUUGGGACUCCGGUUGCUAUGAUGUUGACUUACUAGCAGCAUUUGAUGAUGCCAUCAGAGAUGGGGUUCAUAUCUUGUCUCUGUCUAUUGGUCCUGAUGCUCCCCAGGGAGAUUAUUUCAAUGAUGCCAUUUCUGUGGGAUCAUUCCAUGCUGCUAGCCAUGGAAUUUUGGUUGUUGCUUCAGUUGGAAAUGCUGGAAGCCAAGGUUCUGCCACAAAUGUUGCCCCUUGGAUGAUUACAGUAGCUGCUGGUUCAACAGAUAGGGAUUUCAUGUCUGACAUUCUUCUAGGAGAUGGUUCUAAGUUUACGGGUGAAAGUCUCAGUCGUUUCAAAAUGAAUGCUUCUGCAAGAAUCAUUUCCGCAUCCGAAGCCUAUGCUGGAUAUUUUACUCCUUAUCAAUCCAGUUACUGCUUAGAGAGUUCCUUGAGUAAGACCAAGACUAGAGGGAAAAUUCUGGUCUGUCGACACGCUGAGAGUUCUAUGCAAUCAAAGGUGGCAAAGAGCUUGAUAGUGAAAGAGGCUGGUGGAAUAGGAAUGAUUCUUAUUGAUGAUGAAGAUAAGGAUGUUGCAAUCCCUUUUCUAAUCCCAUCAGCUAUGGUAGGAAGGAGUACAGGGAACGAAAUCUUGUCCUACAUUAACAACACACGCAAGCCAACUGCUAUGAUUUUCCCUGCCAAGACUGUUUUGGGAUCUCAACCCGCCCCUCGUAUUGCAGCAUUUUCUUCCAAAGGUCCAAAUUCUUUAACCCCAGAAAUUUUAAAGCCUGAUAUCACAGCUCCUGGACUGAACAUCCUAGCAGCUUGGUCUCCAGCAGUGGGAAAAAUGCAUUUCAACAUACUUUCUGGAACUUCGAUGGCUUGCCCCCAUGUAACAGGAAUUGCAGCUCUGAUAAAAUCUAUUCAUCCCUCAUGGUCUCCAUCUGCAAUCAAAUCUGCCAUCAUGACAACUGCUACCAUCAAGGAUAAGAACCACAAGGUCAUCACAGUUGAUCCUGAAGGAAGAAGGGGCAAUUCGUUUGACUACGGAUCAGGUUUUGCUGAACCAAGAAGAGCUACCGACCCGGGCCUCAUCUAUGAUGCACAACCAGAGGACUACAGAGCAUUUCUCUGUUCACUUGGUUAUGAUGAGAAGUUACUGCAUCUGAUUACAGGAGACAAUGAGACUUGUACUCAAUCUCUCAGAACAGCCUCUGACCUGAAUUAUCCAUCUAUCGCGGUGCCAGACCUUAAAGACAGCUUCUCAGUGAAUCGAACUGUGACAAAUGUUGGGAGACCGGGGAGUAUUUAUAAAGCUGUAGUAUCUUCUCCUCAUGGAAUUAAUGCAACUGUUUCACCAAAUAGAUUAGUUUUCAACAGCUAUGGCCAGAAGAUCAUGUUCACUGUGCAUUUCAAGAUGAUUGCUCCAACCAAAGGAUACACAUUUGGCUUUUUGUCCUGGAAGAGCAGAAAAAUACAGGUUACCACUCCUUUGGUCGUCCGGGUUGUGGCUUCCAACAUGGGUUUGAUGAGAUAACAAGAUUUUUAUUGAUUGCAGCUUCGGAUAGUCUGAGAUACUCAUAUCAGUACAUAAUCAAAUGAAUGAAUUGCCAACGUAAACAGGUCCUGGAGUCAGAGAAACCUAUAGCUAUUCAAUACUUGAAUGUUUUAAGCUGUAAGCAGUAAGAUUUUUUUAAGGCCAUUUCCGAACAAGAGACAAAGUUAUCAAA